CCGGUCGACGUGUCCCUCCGGAAGAGGAGCGACGGGGACCACAGCGGUAUGGCGCCUCCGGCUCCGAGCCCGGCCACCGGCGGCUCCGGAGAAGUGGACGAGCUGUUCGACGUGAAGAAUGCCUUCUACAUUGGCAGCUACCAGCAGUGCAUUAACGAGGCGCAGCGGGUGAAGCCCUCAAGCCCGGAGAGAGAUGUAGAAAGGGACGUCUUCCUUUACAGAGCAUACCUUGCACAGAGGAAGUAUGGUGUGGUCCUGGAUGAGAUCAAGCCCUCCUCCGCGCCUGAGCUCCAGGCCGUGCGUAUGUUUGCUGAGUACCUGGCCAACGACAGCCAGAGGGACUCCAUUGUGGCCGAGCUGGACCGAGAGAUGAGUCGGAGUGUGGACGUGACCAACACCACCUUCCUGCUGAUGGCUGCCUCCAUCUACUUCCACGACCAGAACCCAGAUGCGGCCCUGCGUGCCCUGCACCAGGGGGACAGCCUGGAGUGCAUGGCCAUGACCGUGCAGAUCCUGCUGAAGUUGGACCGCCUGGACCUCGCCCGGAAGGAGCUGAAGAAAAUGCAGGACCAGGACGAGGACGCUACCCUUACCCAGCUGGCCACCGCGUGGGUCAAUCUGGCUGUGGGUGGUGAGAAGCUGCAGGAUGCCUACUACAUCUUUCAGGAGAUGGCUGACAAGUGCUCGUCCACCCUGCUGCUGCUCAAUGGGCAGGCGGCCUGCCACAUGGCCCAGGGCCGAUGGGAGGCUGCUGAAGGCGUGCUGCAGGAGGCUCUGGACAAGGACAGUGGCCACCCGGAGACACUGAUCAACCUCGUCGUCCUGUCGCAGCACCUGGGCAAGCCCCCCGAGGUGACAAAUCGCUACCUGUCCCAGCUGAAGGAUGCACACCGGUCCCACCCUUUCAUCAAGGAGUACCAGGCCAAGGAGAACGACUUUGACCGGCUGGUGCUGCAGUACGCUCCCAGUGCAUAAGACCGGAUCCCGAGCCAGGGGACAGCAAGGUGUGCCGCCCUCCCUGCUGGGCACCCCUCCUCAAGCUCUCUCACCUGUUCUGGCCAGAAGCAGAGGCUGGAAGCCCAGCCCAGCCCCACUCUUGUCAAUAAAUGUAUCCACCAUGGGAGGCACCCCCCA